UCAACACAAAUCAGCGGUUUAACUUCCUGCUCAUAACAGUUUUAUCAACUUUAGUCGGUUAUUGAGGCUCGUAUCGUGACUGCGAAUGGUCGUAGAGAUAGUCUGAAAUAGGCACUUAUCAAUAAAUGUAAUCAAUAUUAAAUGGAUCAAACUAUUUAGUGCGUUACACCGCAGUCUGUUGAGCAGCCGUCUCAUUUAUUUAUUGCAAAUAAAUAAUUUAUACAGUUUCACUUUUAUAUUAAUUUUAAUAAUAAUAGUGCUGUUUGAAGUGAUCGUUUAUAAUUUUCAUGUUUUUAAUUUAUCAGAGUAGUUUAUUGUGUUAAGAGUUUUGCAAUUGACUAAAAUGGAACUACGUCAAAGAAAGUUGAAAGAUGAGACCGCCGCGCCUCCGCCACAGACCAGCUCAAGGAGAGUUAUAACGCAGCCACGACGGCUGAAGAAGGUGUUCUUCCUACUAUUGGUAGUGGUGCUGGUAGUCACUUAUUUAACGGGUCUGUUCGCGGGGCAGUCGCAAUGGCUGGACGGCAUCGCGAAGACUUUGGGGUACCAGAGCGUCCACCAUUAUGCUGUGAUCAUAGACGCCGGGUCCUCAGGGUCGAGGGUUCUGGCGUACAGAUUCAGGGUGCCGUUCACAGUAUUUGGCGAUAAAGACAUAGAUUUAGCUGAAGAGUAUUUCGAGCAAUUAAAGCCUGGCUUGUCGUCUUUUGCCGAUGAACCUGCAAAGGGUGCGGCCACAAUAGUGAAGCUGAUAGAGUCAGCUCAGUUCCUCAUACCGGAGGAGAAGCGACGCGACACGCCCCUUUUAGUUCGAGCUACCGCGGGCCUUCGGUUGCUGCCCAAAGAGAAGGCACAGCAGCUGUUAGAUGAAGUUAGGGACGCUAUUUGUAGAUUAGGCUUCGAUAAGGUGAACAAUGAUAGCGUGCAGAUUAUGGACGGCUCAGACGAAGGAAUCUUCAUUUGGUACACUUUGAAUCUCUUACAUGACUCAAUGGGCGGGUCGACGAUGGCGGCGCUCGACCUCGGCGGGGGCUCCACACAAAUAACGUACGCGCUGCCCGAGCACGAGCGCGCCCGCUACCCCGCGCGCGACCAGCACGCCGUGGCCGCGGGAAGCGCCAACAUCUCGCUCUACACGCACAGCUACCUAAACUUAGGUUUGCUGGCAGCUAGAUACGGCAUCUUCCGACUAGAGCACAGCAGUCGCGGCGGUGCUGACAAUACCACAGAGUUCACCUCCGUGUGUGUAGACCCUAUCGUACAGAAGGAGAAGUGGACUUACGCCAAUAAGCAGUAUUUUGUUAGCGGCGCUUCCCGCCAAGGCCUCAAACGGGACGCGGUAUACAACCGCUGCCACGCGCUAGUCAGCCGCUACGUCAAGAACACGCUCGACUGGGAGCCGACGCAGCCGCCGCGAGGCAGCAUCGCCGCCAUGAGCUACUUCUACGACGUGGCCGCGGACAUCGGCAUGAUCGAUGUGAUGAAAGGCGGUACUGUAUCAGUAUCUCAGUACCGGUCGCACGCGGCGCGCGCUUGCUCCGGUUCUAACGUGGAGCAGCCGUGGGCGUGCAUAGACUUGGUCUACGUGGUCACCUUGCUGCAGGACGCGUAUAAGAUCGGCGAUAACGAGCCCAUAUCACUAUUCAAGAAAGUGAACGGCCACGAAGUGUCCUGGGCGCUUGGUCUAGCUUACACUACCGUCAUGAACCGAAUGGCUGCCGCCGCCGCGGCCGAGCACUAGAAAUAACAACCCUACUACGUUAACAAUAAGGUAGGUUUUUACUUAAGACGACUAAUGCCAGUUGUUUUUUUAGUAUAGGUCGCAGAACAAAAGUUGAGGCGAACACGGUACUCACACUGAUGUAAUAUUUGAAUACAGAACACAACACAUUACAGUUAUAUAAAUAUCGAAUGCUAGCUACCUCGCUCCAACUCAAUGUGUGCAAGCGUGACAGAAAGCACUUUUCAAUCAGACUACGAUAAGACUACGUCAGAUACAAAUCUUUGCAAGCGUUGAUCGCCUCAACUCUUGUUGUGUGAACUAUAAUAACAACCCUACUGCGUUAACAUAAGGUAGGUUUUUACAUUUGACUAUAGUGUAAAGGCGACAUCCCCUAAUUUUUUGGAAUUAAGGGGUAUCCUAGCGAAUGAUAAAUAAAAUCAAAGGCUCAUUUUGCAUAUUCAAUCGGUGUUUUGGACGUAAUUUUACGCUUUCAUCACAUUUUAAAAUUGUAAAUCGACCUUUAAUAUUUAGAUUGUUCAUAUUUCUAUCACGUUCACUUGCACGAUUCACUAUCACGAACUAGUGUAAGUAACUAGACUAAAAGCAUCAAUCUGUAAGGCCCGUAUUAUUGGACAAAUAUGGAUCACUAAGAGCGUUUUCAAGCGUAUAACGCCCUAUAAAUAUUCAGAUUUUUUUUCUUUACUGUCGAUUCAAACUUAAGCAUUACUUGAUAAUACGGGCUAGAAUGUGGAUUCAGAUCAGAACUAGCUUAAUAAA